AACGCGAAUAAAGUACAAGAGUUUCAAUUCACAGUAUCAUUAUUUGAGAAAAUUAUGUCCAUUGUGAAUUGUAUAAAAAAAAAAUAACCGUCUGAUCCCGAUCUUGUUAGCCCAACAUUGAAAAAAUGCCGUCGUUAAGGCAAAAAGUUACAACAUAUUUCAGGCAGUUCAGUUUCAUUGCUGAUCGAGAAGAAAGGGUAACUUCCGACAACAAAGUAUCGGAAGGAUCCUUCAUUACGAGAUACAUAGACGGGACGUGGAAGCCACCAGAUUCAAUACCAAAGAUUAAAUCAGGAAAAGAACCAGCUGAAUUACCCGAACACAAUGUUCACAAAUAUAAAACUGGACCAGAAUCUGUAUCGGCAGCCUACACGGGUCCCGACAAAGGAUUGACUGGAGUUCGAAGAACUCGUAUUCACUUGAGUGCUGGUCCUGAAAUAGAUUUUAUAGACACUCAUUUGGAGCAAGAUGCGUUUAAGUCUAGCAUUAAAAUGGAUACCAAUGCAAAUAAGAGAUCAAUCACAACAUACAAGGAGAGUUCAAAGCAAGGAGUUUCCACGAUCGCCUAUACCAAACGUCAUUCUGAAAAGGUGCCUGCCUCCAAAAAUCCUAAUGAAGAUCCUUUGAAUAAAAAAAACGACAACACAAUUAUCAAGAGUGCUUUGGAUGAAACAACUACGGAUCCUAUUGCAAAUAUAAAAAACUGGAACCUCCCGGAUGUUCACGCUUAUGGAAUUUCAGUUUCCUUGUAUGAGAAGAAUGCAAUAACGGGAGAGAGUAUUGGGAAUCCUGUAGCAGAUUGCUUUGGAAUUGUAGCAAGGGAAGAUACAUGCAUAAUGGCAUUAGCAGACGGGGUCAAUUGGGGAGAGGGAGCACGACUUGCAGCAAGAUGUGCGGUACAAGGAGCAAUUGAAUAUUUGAACUCAGCUAUAUUCGGGAUUCAUCACAAUAAAUCUGUAUAAGUGAAGUGGUAUCACUGAGACGACGACGAAAGCACCCGCAUCGACCGGAGGAAAGGCUUCCCGUAAUAGGCAGCAUGACUAGGCCGUCGUCAUCCGAUUGGCAUCGACUUGCACUGGUGUGGCCACCAUUUUAAAAACAACCGGCCCUUUUCAGGGCCACCAAUUCAAAAAUGGAAAGAGUUGAGAACUAAAUGAUCAACAUAUUUGUUCCGUCCACUAGCGGCCUUACGUCAAGCUUCCGUUCGUGCCCCUAGGCACAGACCAUUCUACUUUUUUUUAUAGUUGUCAUUCUUGCAUUUAUCGCAAGGAUCCGACUCUAAUUGAAAGGUCCCGCUCUUUUUACCCUUCGGAGCUUUGAAACACCCUCCAAAGGCACGCCCCUUUGUCAGUCAAAAUUGGAUUCCUUAGCAACAAAAUUAAGGUAUUACACCGAUAAUGACCAUGCAUCAGAACCCUAGUCUUAACCACUUCAAACUAGGGAACAACGAAUAGAAGAUUAGGAAUCACAUAGAUGAAGACUAACUAACCCAUUUUUUUCUUGUUUCAAUAUCAUCCUCGUUGGACAAAGCCGAGUCUUGUCACUAUCAACAAGGCAUAAAAAGUAACAAGGACUAAGAAGUGUUCCUUUGAUUACUGAAAAAUCCUGUUCCCCUAGUUCGAAAAAGUCAGGACUAGGAAUCGGUGGUAGAUCUUUCAUCCCCUAAAGUACCACGAAAAGGUGAUCUACCCACGUUACGGGGUGGGUUGUUCAUUAACUACGUAGAUAGUUUUUUGGGAUUCUUGCCCCUCCCCAUCCACUGCGAAGAAAAUUGUCCAUAAACAAUUUUAAUUUUUUAAAUUUGUAUGAGCCGUGGAUAAUUUCCAAUUUGUUUUGUGCAAUCCAACGAUAGUGUUUCCCGGUAGCGUUUAAGCAUAGUAUUUACAGUCGAUUUUGGAAAUUUGAGCACCUUUUCAUUCCACUUGGUGAGCGAGCAGAUUUUUUUCACGUUUCUCGCGUUCCAUAUUCGAUAACUUUUAAACGUGAGUAUGAAAUCUGAUUAAAUUUUCUCCACAGAAUAGACAAUCUUUCCAGAUCAAAAGGCUGUCAACAGUUCCUUGCUACGACAACCAGAGAUGCUAGUGCAAAAUUCGCUUUACAUCGAAUCUAAACCGUAUACACUCAGGUCUUUUUUGUUAGCACGGGGGAUAUGUACUGUGUAAAAAAAACCAUGUUAAAAAAAAAACCUACCGAGAUUUUGAUUUUUCACAUGCUUAAAUGUUAAAAAAAAUCGGAUUUUGAUGCCAUUUGUUAUUAUAGCAUGCUAUGGUCCAUAUAGACAUAUUUUAAAAAUUUCUGAAUUUGCACCAAAAAUUGUGAUUUUUUUUUAAAGUAUGCCAUUCGAUACCUAUAGCUUGAAACGGAUAAUGUGAUUAGAAUCAAGUCGAUAGGUUUUAUCGUUGUCGAGAAAUCUUUAAAAGCGUACCGUGUAAAUAGCGAAAAACCGUGUAAAAAACCGUGUACAAAGACUUCAGUGUAUGUACAGGGGUUGUGAGAAAUAUAGGGUACAAGCUAAAUUUUGUCCAACUUUGGACUGUUGUAACUUCGUUAAAUAUUGUUCGAUUUUCAAUCUUCAAGAAACAUUCAACUAGAAAACUAAUCAAAUUUUAUGGUGAGGUAAUGGAAGUGACCAUGGUUACUGGAUACCGGAGAUAUUCUGGGUUUCCUGAGGGCAUGUCUAAAUUGCUAAAUUUGUGAUGAGUUUUUCUCAGGGUGUCCGUUACUAAUCUGUGUUUUUUGUUCUUACGCCAAAAAUAGAACCAUUUCCAAAGCAAAUGACCUACCAACAGCUAAA